AUGGAGUCGACGAAACUGGUGGCCUUGGAGUCUCUCCAAGCCAGUUGUCCGCCCUUCGUCGACAACCUCUUCUUUGAGAUCUACUCACUGUGUUUUACACUCCUCCCUAACCCUAACCAUUUACGUCGGCGCCACUGGGACGCCGACCUCACACCUGUCAACUGCAACAUACCUGCCUCGUGGCUUGCUGGUCGCAACCAAGCCCACGCGAUCCUCUCCACCUCCCAACUCUCGCCGGAUGUCUACGACUACGACAGCCUUCUCAUAGGCUCCGGUGUUGACUUCUUACGGCCACUCGGCGGCAACAAAUAUUUUGGCAUCUCCUCGGAUGAUGCAGGCGAGGAUCCCUCUAAUCCGGCACCACUCCCCCCCAUCCCUGACAACCACCACCAGACUCACCAUAGCACUGAUGAGGACGCCGAUGACGAGCUUGAGGUCCGCGAGUUUGAAGAGGGGCUCGAGGACUUUGUUUCGGAUGAGGUGCUCGACCCCGACUUGCUGCCGCUCGAUCCCUCCCCCGGCGUGCUACCUACUCCGUCUGGCCCUGGAAUACGGCCCCUCGACUGGUGCCUCUACAAGGGCAACUGGGUCCACAAGGCCUCAAUUGUCCAAAUCCUCAUCAACACUGGCUUCAAUCGCAAGUCCCUCAACAGGCUUGGACGCUGUGCCUCGUUCACCAAGUCUCUCAAACGCAAGAAUGCUCACACCACACCAGCUCGACCAUCCGCCGGCACCGAUAUCUUUACUCUGGGCGACCCCUUUGUCUGUCUUGUCCGCUCGGGUGGGGUCAUCUCUGCAGCUCUCGCGCGCUCCACCACCAUCACGCACAACGGCUACACGGUGCCGUUCCUCAAAUACGGAGCCGUACAAGAUCCCAAAACGCGAGUUAAGGGUCAGGUGCUCGACCUCAGGGACAUCACCACACCGACAGACGACGGUCUUCAGACAGACUGGUACUGGACUGGCGAUUACAUCAAGGAGAUCACCACUGUCCAGGGCAUUUCACACACCGGUGAGAAGCCGGCACUGGUAACGUCUGAUGGGCAUCUCGUUCAACGUGUCAACACCAUUCUCACACAAUUCUCGGAGCGCCCAGACCUCGACCGCUCUUCAUUUCCGUCCAUCCCACUUUCUGUCGAUUUUACUUGGCAGGUUCCUCAUGAAACACUGACCAUGACGUGCUCAGUCCUCCACAUAACGCUGGUAUCAGCCGGUCUCUCAGCUCGGUCGCUCAAGACCAUCACACCAUUGGUCGGUGGUGGUACAUUCCCUUAUGCCAUUGGUGGUCGGGCCUCAUUCGUGGCUGAGCUAUUAGACGCGACUUACCAUCCGCUCUAUGCUCUGCCGGAUCUAUCUCGCGGUGGCCAUGCUUUGCCUCCGGCCGUUCUCGACGAGCUCGCGCUGACAGCACUCGAGUACGAUUUUGCCAACAUUCCCGAUUCUCAUCGUUCGUUCCUGCCGCUCGUGACUCAACGUACCAUUGAACCUGAUCCCUCGGAGCCGCCUGUGGCCUCGGGCUCGUCUCUCAAGCGCGGUGCUCAGUCUGGGCCCAAGUCUAAGCCAAAGAGGACUAAACGUCUACCCUAG